AUGUCAUUCAUCAUGAUGCUCAUACAAAUUCUCUUACUAUUUGCAUCAUAUACUACGCUUCGUGCUCGAUUUACAUUAUAUUAUUCUAAUGAUAGACAGAUUUCGAAUUCUGCUUUCGAUUGUAUCUAUGCUUCUCUCUAUGACAAUCUCAAAGAAGUAACUGAACCAAUGAUUCAUAUCUAUCACUUAGUUCCAUAUUGCCGACGACCCGAUACCGAUGAAAUCCAAGAAGAAAUGGAUAGUUUUGACAGCAACGGCCAUCGAAGAAUCCAUUUCGAUGAAUUGAAAAAACAAGGUGUGACAAGUACACAAUUACUUACAUGGAUGGCUCCUAUCGAUGUUGCAGAACGAUACGAAAAGUAUAAUGAAAGUACACAUGAUUAUUUUUAUAACUGUUCAUCGCCAUGGUUUGGUUCAAUGUGUCAAUAUAAAUUUAAUUAUGACACAACUAAGAUUCUAUUUGAAGAUAUUAUUAAUACUACAUUUACUAAUCGAUUUGAACAAUGUUCAAAUACGGAGAUUAUUACAUGUUAUCCGUUUGUAUCAAAUUGUUCUCGUGUUUCAUCAUCUGUUUGUCUUGAUUGGCGUGAAAUUUGCGAUGGAAAAUUUGAUUGUAUUCAUGGAGAAGAUGAAGAAUUUUGUGAACAAUUGGAAAUAAAUGAAUGUAAACAUGGUGAAUAUAGAUGUCAUUAUGGUGGCCAAUGUAUUCCAUUGAUAUUUUUGGAUGAUGGAAGAGCUAAUAUCGACUGUUUAGAUGGAAGUGAUGAAAUUGAUGGAGGAAUAUCAUACAGCGAAAUAAAAAUGAGAUUUAGUUGCAAUAGUAUUCCAACAUUUGUAUGUGAAGAGCGUGCUUGCCGAUAUCCACAUUCUUUAUCAUGUGGUGAUGGUCAGUGUGUUUCUUUUGACAUGAUUAAUUCGUUCGACAGUGAAUGUUUCAAUGGUCGUCAUUUAAAAGCGACAAGUAUUCUACUUGAUUCAAGCUAUGAUGAGAUUCAUUGCCAACAAGCAUUACGUUGUUUAAUUCGUAUUUCAUCUAAUAUAUCAAAUACUUGUCCGUGGUCAAUGCCAAUUAAUAUAAACAUAAAUGAUUGCGAAUCAUUACUAACUCAUUGUUCUUCAGUAUGGAUUGGUAUUCCUCAACAGCCUCAAUUAUUCGGCUUUUUUCAAUUCAUAUACUUAACUAAUCGAUCAAAUUUAGAGUUUGAAAAUAAUGUUAUGCCAGAUUAUGUUUGCUUUCACCCACAACGUUGUCCUGGAUUGUUACCGAUAAUUGUUCCCAUUGAAUUAGAUAAUGGUCUUACAUGUUGUCAUAUUUCUAAUUUAGUUAAUCUAUCUAAUGUACAGAAUUUCGACGGAAUGGAAAAUCAUUUUAAAGAUAUUAUUCGACGAUGUUUAACAAUUGGUACUGAAUUAUCUUGUUCACAAUCAUAUCUUUUUCAUUGUUCACGAUCGUUGAAAUGUAUUUCACGUCAUCGUCUUGUCGAUGGUUUUCGAGAUUGUUAUUUUGGAGAAGAUGAAGACUAUCCAGCUUGUCAUUUGAAUGAUUUUAAUCGUUUUAGAUGCGUAUCAAAUCGUAGUAAAUGUUUAUCAUUUGUUGCAGUUGGCAAUUUAGUAAGUGAUUGUCGAAGAGCAGAAGAUGAAUUAGUAUCUGUUGAACGUAUUCGUUUACAACGGCCACCCUUCGGAUAUUUAUGCAAUACUGUACGAGAAACAUUAUCUGAUAUUAUUGAACAAGAUGAUGAAAUACAUUGUGAGAAAUGGCCAUGUAAUACUCCUUAUGUUCGAUGUGAUGGGCAGUGGGAUUGUCAUAAUGAUGUUGAUGAACUUAACUGUCCAGGUGUAGAUUGUAUAGGGGAUAAACACUAUUGUGAACUUUCGGAUAGAUCCGGCUCUCUAUGUCUAUCAACAGAACAUAUUUUCGAGAAAUAUCUCAAUACAUGUCGACGAAAUUCCACAAUAGUUUAUCGUGAAAUCUAUUUCAAUAACAACACCAAUAAUAAUAUGAGUGAAUAUAUUUCUUGGAAUCAAACAAGAUGUAUUACGGAAGAUUUGAUAUGUAAUCGUCACUCACUGAUAUCCAACUUCGGUGAUGAAAUUUGUUUAUAUCAACGUGCUCUUUGGAUUAGAACUCCUAUAAUACAUCUCCUAUCGACUAAUAGUCAAACCCAAUGUAGUACAAGUCGUCCUGGAUAUCCAAAGAACGUCAUGACUGCAUUUGCUUCUUCAUCAGGUCUUGGCUUUUUCCCACCUUUAUCUGCGAUGGAUUCUUUUGAACAUAUCCACAGGAUAAUACAGACAACUAAACCCGAAGUGAAAAUCACACAAAAUUCAGGCUGUAAUCGAGGAAUUGUUAUUAAUUUUCGUUCUAAUCAGUCGAAAUGUUUAUGUCCUCCAAAUUAUUUUGGUUCUCGAUGUCAAUGGCAGAACCAACGUAUCAGUUUAACUCUUCGUUUAUCAUUUUCUAGCUCCAUAUUAACAAAUAUUGCUUUCCAAAUCAUUAUUAUGUUAAUGGAUGAAUCUGAAAACAUUUUAUCUACUCAUGAACAAGUCACAUUUGUACCCAUUCGUGAUUGUAAUACUAAAUUCAAUAUUUAUUUACUUUAUCCACAUCGGCCGAAAUACAUCUUCAAAAAUUAUUCAGUACGCAUUGAUAUUUUUAAUAAAAUCAAUUUAACUUAUCAUGCAAGUUGGUACCCAUCAAUUCCAUUUCAAUUUCUACCUGUAAAUCGAAUAUCAACUGAAUUAUUCAUUCCUGAAUCAUCAUAUCAAAUGAAAUCAUGUUCGUUACAAUGUGGAGAUCAUGGUCAGUGUAGAAAGUAUGAUAAUCAUGAAUUACUCGAGUUUUGCCGCUGUGAUGAAGGAUAUUCGGGAAAAUUUUGUAAUGUUACAGAGAUAUGUUUUUGUUCGAAUGAUUCUUUCUGUCUCUCCUCAUCGAUUUGUGUCUGUCCAAUAGGAAAAUUUGGUUCACAGUGCUAUUUAAAACAUGAAACUUGUCAAAUAUCAAAUACGUCAUGCAAAAACAAUGGAUUCUGUAUACCAAAUGAUGAUCGAAUUAAUCGACGAACACUUACAUGUCUCUGUCCAGAACAUUAUUCAGGAACAACAUGCGAAAUAAGUAAUAGUCAUAUCAAUAUUCAAUUUGACGAAAAACUGAUACGAACAACGUCAUCUGUUCUUAUUCAUUUUAUUACCAUCUUCAAUGAUAAAAACCAUGAACGAACCACUACAUUUAAAAAGAUUCCUUUUGAUCAAUACACAAUUAGACUUUAUAUUGAGCAACCAUUUCAUAUUCUUCUUAUUGAACUAACUGAUAAAUCAUAUUAUUUAGCAACAGUACGAGAAAAAUUCAUCAAUUCAGAAAAUAUAACUACACAAAUACGAACAAAUCAACAAUGUUAUUCAAUAGACAAACUUAUGAAUUCAACAUUACUAAAUUAUAGUCAAUUUCAUCGUGUAAAAUAUUAUCCAAUGAUCUGUCGACAAUACAAAGAACUGAUGUGUUUAUAUGAUGAUCUUUAUAUAUGUAUAUGCGAUCGCGAUCGUUUUUCAAAUUGUUUUGAAUUCGAUCAUAGAAAAAAAUAUGAUUGUCAACGACAAAAUUUAUGUGAAAAUAAUGGUCGAUGUUUCGAAAAUAAUGUCACAUGUCCUACUAAAACUAUGUGUGUAUCUGAAGAUUGUUAUUAUGGUGAUAAAUGUCAACUAUCUACAAAAGGCUUUAUUCUUUCACUCGAUCCAAUCUUAGGUUAUCAUAUUAAACCAAAUUUACCUAUUCAUCGACAACCAUCUAUUGUUAAAGGAAGUAUAGCAAUAGUUACAUGUCUCUUUGUAUUUGGAUCCAUUAGUGAAUCAUUAUCAAUAAUUACAUUUAUGAUGAAAACACCGAGAUUAGUUGGAUGCGGUUGGUAUUUAUUAGCUUCAUCAAUCGUGUCUUUAUGUUUAUUGAUUAUGUUGAAAAUUAAAUUUUGGAUUCUUGUUUUAUCUCAACAAGGGAGAAUAACGAAUCAAUCAUUUCUUAUCUUUAGUUGUAUUAUAAUAGAUGCAAGUCUUAAUAUACUUUUAGCAUCAAAUGAUUGGUUAAAUGCAUGUGUAGCGAUUGAACGAACUUUUACUAUAUUAAAUGGUGUUCAUUUCGAUAUAAAGAAGAGUAAACGAAUUGCUAAACGAUUGAUCUUAAUUGUUCUUUUGAUAAUAACUGUGACAUAUAUUCAUGACCCUCUUUAUCGUAGAUUGAUUGAUGAUUUUGAUACAGAGGAAAAACGAACUUGGUGUUUUGUUCGAUAUUCAUCAUCUAUUGAUAUGUACAAUUUUAUUAUUAAUUUGUUUCAUUUUAUUGUGCCUGUAUUUAUCAAUUUCAUUGCAGCAAUUAUUAUUAUUGUAUUAGCAGCUCGUAAUCGUUCUAUUAUAGAAAGAAACGUCAUAUUCACCCAACAUUUCAAACAACAAUUACAACAAUACAAGCAUCUAUUAUGGGGACCAUGUUUGAUUGUAUUAUUAAGUUUACCUCGUUUGAUUAUUCCAUUUUUUAGUGGAUGCAUGAAAUCACCUCAUGAUUCUUGGGUAUUUCUUAUUAGUUAUUUUAUUUCAUUUAUACCGGUCAUGUUACAAUUUUUCUUAUUUGUAUGGCCAUCGAAAAAAUAUAUGAAUGAAAUGGAAAAAGCACUUCAACAAAUUAUUCGUUGGUUUCAUCUUACAUUUAUGUCAAACUCGAAUGGAACAUAA